GUAUAUUCUGAAAAUUCGUGACGAGUGGUUCAACGGAGGAAAAAUUAAAUUGAAACGGGAUAUAAUAACGAAGUUCACUUAAGCACUUUUGUGGACGGGGAAAAAGAAAUUUUUGGAACUUGUUAUUAAAAAUAUAACAUAGCAAUUAGAGGUGUUUUUGGUGAAGACAAUUUACCGGCAAAAUGCAGGCUCAAAACUUUGAAAGACGUCGAAUGUCGUUACGACAUGAAUCUAUCCGUCGCGGUAGUAUUGUACAAUCGAUUUCAAAAGAAGUCCCAUGGGAUAUUUUCGACAGAUUAUUCCUGCCAAUUCUUUACUGUCAUGCUCUGGCGAUCCUUUUUACAGCCUUGAUGGAAAUUUUUGAAAUUAAAUUCGCCUUCUCAACGUUUGGAAUCUUCUUCUUAUUCUCAUUCGCUACAAUUGUCUUGACGCUUUUCUAUCAUAAUCUUAAGGUAUCGUCACAAGGAAAAGCAAUUUUAAUCACUGGCUGUGACUUUCCAUUGGCGUGGUAUUUAUGCAAGAAACUCGAUGACAUGGGAUUUACAGUGUUCGCAGGUUUUAAAGAAGUCGCUGACAACGCUCAAGCUGAACUGAUGAAGGAUGAAUGUUCCGCACGCGUUCGUGUUCUUCAACUUGACGCCUCAUCGGAAUCGCAGAUGCAAGAAGCUGUAAAGUUCAUUGAAACUCACUUGCCAGACGGGGCUAUUGGACUUUGGGCAUUCGUACCAUGUGAUCAAUGGACUGCAGUCGGUGAACUCGAAUGGAUUCCACAAGAUAUUUUGAAAAAGGCUUUGGAAGUAAACAUCAUUAAUACUGUUCGUUUAACACAAGUUAUGAUGCCACUCAUUCGUCGCGGUGGAGGUCGUCUUAUCUUCUUGACAUCAGCUUUAGCGAAAAUCUACAAUCCAGUUCGCGGUAUUCAGACAGCUGUUCAUAACGCUCUCGAGAGUUUCGCACUUUGUUUGAGAUCAGAAAUGCGGAAACAUAAAGUUAAUGUUAUUGUCGUUGCUGCUGGGGAAUUCGCUUCCGGAACUGCUUGGUUGGACAACGAAGAUUUAUUGGAGCAAGCCAAAGUUAUGUGGAAAAACAUGAGUGAUUCAAAACGUUUCGAGGUUUACGAUGAAAAGUAUUUCGAGUUCACAAUUCGACAAUUGGAACGUUACACAAAGGUUACUGUUGAUUUGACACCCGCCAUUCAUACACUCAUCGAUGCUAUUCAUAGAGCUUUCCCAUUGCCUCGCUACACGCCAAUUACACGAGAAGAAAAAGUCAAGACACUCAUCGCUGAAUAUUUGCCUUGGGCCAUUUACGAUGUUAUCUACAAUUAGAUAGAUAAUUAAUGUUCUUUUUAAACUUUUCCCUUCCUUUAAUUUCCCGACUCCAAUUUUCCUUUCCCUUUCCUUUUCCUUGAUCAAAAAAUAUAAAAUUAUCAUAAAGAAGACAAUCACAACUUAAGAUGACAGUGAAAAUGUUGAGCUUCGUAUUUCUAUCAUUGGAUUAAGAGAUUUGAGUGGCAAAAUUUACGAAAAAUUGUUUGGUUUUUCCAUCACAACUGUUUUAAUGAAAACGGUGGGAUUUGAGAUGCUGUAAAUUACAUUGUUGUUGAACCACUGAAACAAGAAUCUUUUUCUACUCAUUCAAUUGUGGAAUUGAAAAUCUUUCAUGAAAUAUUAAAUUAUAAAAACACAAAGAAAAUUUUAGGAAAAUUCCAACAAACAAAGAAAAACUUAAUUCAAGUUCACGGGAGAAAUGUUUUCAUUAAUGAUAGCAAUCUGUUAAUCUGAGUUAAAAUAAAACGUUUCAAAAUUUAUUGUAUCUGUAAAUCAAAGCAUGAACAGAAUAAAGAGAAUGAAAGUAGAUGAUUUAAAA